AUGGACGUGGCACGCCUGAACUUUUCCCACGGUACGCUUGAGGAGCACGCCGAGGUAAUCGCGAAUGUGCGAGAGGCGUCCAGGCGAAACAACCGUCCCGUGGCCGUUCUGCAGGAUCUGGGGGGCAAUAAAUUCCGCCUGGGUCGCAUGGCAGAAGCGAUACAGCUCAAUUUUGGCGACCAUAUUUCCAUCACGAAUGAACCGGAAUCUGAUUUACCCGACCGAUUGCCAUUCCCUGAGCCGGCCAUCUUGCAGAGCCUGCGACCCGGGAACCUGGUUUAUAUAUCGGACGGCACGGUGUGUCUGGAAGUGCUGGAAGUUACUCCCGAUCUGGAGGUUAAAACCAGUGUGCGAAACGGCGGUAACCUGUCUUCUUUCAAGGGUGUGAACUUGCCGGAUGUGCCCAUAGACAUGCCGGUGAUCACCGAAAGCGACAAGAUUGCGUUGCAGUUUGGUGUCGAGCAGAACGUCGAUUGGGUGGCACUGUCGUUUGUGCGCACCGGAGAAGACGUUCGCUACGCCCGAGCGCAUCUGAACCAGUUGAACAGCCAGGCCCCGGUGAUGGCCAAGCUGGAGCGUCGUGAGUGUAUCGAUAACCUGGAUGAUAUUCUGCGCGAAGUCGACGGAAUUAUGGUGGCCCGCGGUGACCUGGGUGUCGAGAUGCCCAUGGAAGAGGUGCCGGUCAUCCAGAAGAACAUGGUGAAAAAGGCGAACGAGGCGGGCAAGAUAUCGUCUGUCGCGACGCAAAUGCUGCGGUCGAUGGUGAACUCUCCCACGCCGACGCGCGCCGAAAUCUCCGACAUCGCCAACGCGGUGCUGGAUGGUUGCGACUCGAUCCUGUUAUCCGAUGAAAUCGCCGUUGGCGCUUACCCGGUGGAGGCGGUUCGCAUCGCUGAUGCUGCAAUUGUGCAAGCGGAAAAGAUGUACAACUACUACACCGAGAUUCCGCAACGCGAUCAAACCCAAUCCGUGGCCUGGGGCGCAACGCAGCUCACCAAGUCACUGAACGCCAAACCCAUCGUUAUCACCAGCACUGGACGAGCGGCGUUUGAAAUGUCGCGUUUCCGCCCGGAGAAUGACGUGCUGGUCUUUUCCCAUGACGAAGCGGUGCAACGGCGCGUCUGUAUGGCAUGGGGGCUAGCUCCCAAGGGUGUGAUUCCUGCGGAGCCGGAUGUGGCGAAGCUGGUGACCCUGCUGGUCGACGAGGCGAUAGCGACCGGGCUGGUAUCGGAGCGCGAUACGGUAACGCUGGUACACGGUUUUAUGACUGGAGUUACCGGCACCACCAACACGAUCCAGGUGCUGAACAUUCGCGAAUAUCUGAGCCACAUUGGCCGCACCGCAGUGCCCCAUGCCGCUCAGGAGCAGGUCUAA